AGGCUGUUUGAUUUGUGCCGUGUUUGAUCAACAGGGGACAACAGCAAAGUCCAGACUGUCUCACACACACACACACACACACACACAUACACACACACACACACACACACACACACCAAACAGCACUCACGUUCACACAGACACAACCAGAAGAAACUCAGGAUGUGGUUCCUCGCUCUAGCGGUGAGCUCCUGUCUGCUGUUGCUGACUGGGCCGGUGGAGGCCGGGAUCAAACCGAUCGAGUCGCACUUCGACGAGCCGGCGACCGUGGACCCGCGCGGCCCCGACAGCUCGCUGGACGAGUUCCACAACGCGAACACGGUGACCGACGAGCUCGAGUUCGACGACGACUACAUCGACUUCGACAAAAUCCUGGCCAUGGGCGAGGACGACUACAACGAGGGCGACGAGAUCGACGACAUCCCCACGCCGGCGCCCGACCUGGACCUGGAGGCCGGGCCGUCCGACCCCAAGGUGCGGCGCGCCCACCUGCUGCGCAUCUUCCACGGCCGCUCGCGGCUGCAGCGCGUCAACGCCGUCAACGCGCAGUUCGGCUUCCGCCUCUACCGCAGCCUGCGCAACCACGUCAACCAGACGGACAACAUCCUGUUCGCGCCGGCCGGCAUCUCCAUCGCCAUGGGGAUGAUGGCGCUGGGCGUGGGGCCGCGCACGCAGGACCAGCUGUACGAGACGCUGGGCUUCGGCGAGUUCGUCAACGCCAGCGUGCACUACAACAACGCCACCGUGCACAAGCUCUUCCGCAAGCUCACGCACCGCCUCUUCCGCCGCAACUUCGGCUACACGCUGCGCUCCGUCAACGACCUCUACCUGCGGCAGGACAUCACCGUGCACGAGCCGUUCCGCAACGACGCCAAGGCCUACUACUUCGCCGAGCCGCAGUCCGUGGACUUCGCCGACCCCGCGUUCCUCAAGAAGGCCAACAACCGGAUCCAGAAGCUGACCAAAGGGCUGAUCAAGGAGCCGCUGCAGAGCGUCGACCCAAACAUGGUGCUGAUGCUCCUCAACUACCUCUACUUCAAAGGCACGUGGGAAAUGAAGUUCCCCAAGGAGCAGACGCACUACCGUAACUUCCGCGUGAACGAGAAGCAGUCGGUGCGCGUGGCCAUGAUGCAGAACAAGGGCAGCUACCAGGCGGCCGUCGACAACCAGCUGCAGCUGGACAUCCUGCGCCUGCCCUACACGGGCAACAUCAGCAUGCUGGUGGUCAUCCCCCAGAAGCUGUCCGGCAUGAGGAACCUCGAGCAGGAGAUCUCGCCCACGCUCGUCAACAAGUGGCUCAGCAACAUGAGCAACAGGACACGAGAGGUGGUGUUCCCCCGUUUCAACCUGAAGCAGAACUACGACCUCAUCGGCCACCUGAAGGACAUGGGACUGACGGAGCUCUUUGAGGGUGGAGACUUCACCCCUAUGACCGAAGAGAAGAUUGUCAUCAACUGGUUCCAGCACCAGGGGACGAUCACGGUGAACGAGGAGGGGACAGAGGCAGCUGCACUGACGCAGGUUGGCUUCAUGCCCUUGUCCACACAGACGCGCUUCAUCGUGGACAGACCCUUCCUCUUCCUCAUCUACGAGCACCGCACCAACUGCCUGGUCUUCAUGGGCCGCGUGGUCAACCCCAUGCAGAACUAAAGACACACGCGUACAUAGGAACGCAUGCACACGCACAUGCGUGCCUGCACACACACACACACACACACACACACACACACACACACACACACAAACUGUCUCUCUCUCUUUCUCUCACACACACACACACACACACACACACACACACACACACACACACACGCACGCAUGUACAAUUUGACCCCUUAAAAAACUUGCUUCCUGGUUCAUGCAUUUAACUCUGUGUACUGGCCACUUGCCACUGUUAACUCCAGUCCACACACACACACACACACACACACAAUCAAAUAUUACUUAAUACUAUUGCAAACACUUAGUCAUUGUUCACAGGAUUCAUGACAGAUGCAUAAACACUAACGCCUACACAAACACACAAAAAUAAACACACUUACACACUCAAACAGUUGUCAUCUGUUAAUGUUUUAUCUACUGAAAAACAGCACCUCAGGUGCAAACAGGCGUUAGCCAUAUCGGUGCCACAUCACGUCAAUGUUUUUCACCAUCUGGGAAUUUAAUGUGAUACUGGUUUAAAUAACACUUUUUAGCAUCCUUUAUUAUCCAUAGGCUUUCAUGUGCUAAGUUUAACACUCUUUAGCAUCCUUUACCAUCCAUGAAACUUCAUGUGCUAACACUUUUAAGGAUCCUUUACCAUCCAUUGGACUUUAUGUGCUAACACCUUCUAUCAUCCUUCACCAUCCAUAGGCUUUCAUGCUAACACUCUUUAACGUCCUUUACCAUCCAUUGGACUUCAUGUGCUAACACCUUUUAGCAUUCUUCACCAUCCAAAGUCUUUCAUAUGCUACCACUCUUUAGCAUUUCGUAACUAGGGCAACCAUAAGUCCUCAUAAAGGAUUUCAGGCACUUUAGCAACUGGAUAUGAUGGCAUGUAUUUGAUGACUACAACUGUAUGUAAACAAUGAACAUCGUUUUUAUUUUAUGAGAGUAAUAAUAGCUUUAGGUGUGCAAAUGUUUGUGAUGUGGAUUAAAGCCAAUAAAAGCUAUAGGAUGAUGAUGA